AGUGUACUUCUUUUUCACAAAGCCUUGGACUUUUAUUUUGAAAAGCUGUGCGUCUGACAGCAUCCUGGCUAUUUCUCGAGGGUAGCAAAGUUCACAGUUUGUUGCAAGUGAUACAGUGAACCCCUGCGAAGGGAUCGAUUAAAAGAUCAAACUGGAAGUGUCUGGUGUUAAACUAACAGUGUGCCUGUGGUCCUGUUGUUAGGAAGGGCUCAGCAGUGCCUGGGUGCCCAGGGAGCCACUGCCUGAGUCCCUAGAGGUAGACACCAAACCACAGGACAUGAGUGCCGCCAAAGGAGGCCUGGUCAUCUUCACGGCCAACUCCAACCCCUCCAGCAGAGAGCUGGGGAGGAGGAUAGCCGAGCGGUUGGGUGUGGAACUUGGAAAGGUGCAGGUCUAUCAAGAAGCUAACAGAGAAACACGGGUUCAAAUCGAAGAAUCUGUGCGUGGCAAAGAUGUUUUCAUCAUCCAAACCAUUUCCAAAGAUGUUAACACCACCAUCAUGGAGCUGCUCAUUAUGGUGUAUGCCUGCAGGACGUCCUGUGCUCGAAACAUCAUCGGCGUCGUUCCCUAUUUCCCCUACAGCAAGCAGUGCAAAAUGAGGAAGAGAGGCUCCAUCGUCUCUAAACUACUUGCUUCAAUGAUGUGUAAAGCAGGUCUGACUCAUCUCAUUACAAUGGAUUUGCAUCAAAAGGAAAUCCAGGGUUUCUUCAACAUUCCAGUGGACAAUCUGCGGGCCUCACCAUUCCUGCUGCAGUACAUCCAGGAAGAAAUUCCAGACUACAGAAAUGCUGUAAUUGUGGCCAAAUCUCCAGCAUCAGCCAAAAGGGCCCAGUCGUUCGCUGAAAGGUUGCGGCUGGGCAUCGCUGUGAUCCACGGUGAAGCCCAGGAUGCUGAAUCCGACCUGGUGGAUGGACGUCAUUCUCCUCCCACUGUCAAAAACAUCGGCGCCAUUCAUCCAAGCCUGGAGAUACCAUUGCUGAUUCCCAAAGAAAAACCCCCAAUAACUGUGGUUGGAGAUGUAGGUGGACGAAUUGCCAUCAUAGUGGAUGACAUCAUUGACGAUGUUGACAGUUUUCUAGCAGCAGCAGAAACUCUGAAAGAAAGAGGCGCUUAUAAGAUCUUCGUCAUGGCCACUCAUGGAAUCCUCUCCUCAGAUGCCCCUCGGCUAAUAGAGGAGUCCGCCAUAGAUGAGGUCGUGGUCACCAACACCAUUCCACACGAGAUCCAAAAACUCCAGUGUCCCAAGAUCAAGACGGUGGAUAUCAGCAUGAUCCUGUCAGAAGCCAUUCGCCGCAUCCACAAUGGAGAAUCCAUGUCUUACCUGUUCCGUAAUAUUGGCAUGGAUGACUAACAGGCUCGUGUACAGUCAGUCUUUUUCUGUCCCUAUUGCCUGUAUCAUUACCAGUUUUUAUUUUGUCUCUCAUUUUAACUUAUUCUCAUUGUACGUGUAAUAUUUUGAAAAAGUUGUGUGCUCAAAGAACCCGGAUGUUCUGUAAUGUUACUCGAGUCCAGUGCCCUGAAAUACUGAUAUGAAAAUGUUCAGAGGAUUUAAGUGCAGGGAUACUCCACCUCUUGAUCAGAAAUAAUGGCACUUUUAUUUAAGGUUUGAAGUAACCAGUUUUAUAAAAAAUGGACCACUGGAUGUUAAAAUUGUCUUCAGUUCUUUUAGUCGUAGCUCUGCUCUACUUUUAUUUAUUUUUUAAUAAGUAAAGAAUUAACAACAACAACACUGUGUGGCCAAUAAUUACAAAAUGUUACCAUAAAUCUAUGCUGUGACAUAUCAGUGUCAGUGCCACAUGACUUUGUGUAAUUAUUGUGCCACUAGUUGUUUCUGUGUAUUUGUGUGGUAAUGCUGCAGUGCUGUUGUUAAAAACCAGAAUUAUUUAAUUCAAGGCAAAUUAGAUGCAAGGUACAUUCUUAGACUUCAAUAUAGCGCUUAAGAUCUAAAGCUUAAUGUGCUUGAUUGAAUGUUUUUCCUGCUAGAUUCUUCUACUAACACUUCAACGUGAGAGCUUGUAUUUGCUUUUGCCAGUGACGGGACUGUGGAAGCAUAUUUGCCUCAUAAAUGUGGUCAUAGUGGCCAGAGUUUCUAAAUAUCUUGCCUCUGAGAACUUGACUUCUCGUUUUCAAAUGAAAUGCAGGGUUUUGUUAUGUGACUAAUAUUUCAGGCUUUUGUAUUUAUUCACAGCACUUGAUGACAAUGAAUAAACAACUUAAAGACUA